UGGUUUUGGAAAUGUUGCGCUGAAUAUCAUCAUCAAUUAAUCGUUCGACGAAAUUCGCUCAUACGAUUUGGUUCUGUUCAUACUUUAACCUGUUCCUCGAGUCAUAUACUCGCACAUACAUACAUAUGUACACGUGCAUAUGCAGCUGAGUAGCAUAUAGAAAUUUUAUACAAUUCUCUGCUAAAAGUUAAUAGUAUUGAAAAGUAUACUCGUUGACAGCUAGCCAGCCGCCAGCGUGGGUAUGCGAGUCUGACCAAAUAGCCGGUUUAGCGUCACAGUACUUGCGAGUGGCUCCCCAAGCAGCUAGACUGAGUUAGUUUGUUGUGCGCUGUGAAUGCGUUGAGGUGAUAUUUAUUUUCAUAGGUCCAAUAGACGCGGCAAAUUGGUUGACUCGGCAAUCUGACGUACGAUUAGCACGCGUGAUUCUGUUAAGUUAAAAUCUAAUAGAAUUGUUUUGUUAAAGCAGCUGCCCAGCGCACCAAUAAAAGUUAAGUAAUCAAAUUGUUUACGUUCGAAGGAAAUGGGAGAUGAACCCGAUCGCAGAAGCACUCUACCAAAUGGUAACAGUGAUAUCAACGGCCCACACAGCAUCAUUAAUCGUACUAGUAGUAGCAGCAGCCUCAAUACCGGCAACAACAAUGUUCGCAGGAACGAACAAAUGGCUAACACAACGGUGGUGAGUGACGACCGCGCCACAACAAGCCGCGAUGCUGCAUCACAAGCCGCUCAUUCAGCGCCCAAUGGGAAGGAAAUAAAUUCGAAAGGCAUUUACAGAGUUGGAAGUCGUGUCCUAUAUCGUGCCAAUUCCAUGGCCACCACUGCGUCACAGCUGCCCAAGACAUGCAUGCAAAAUACGAAUACCUGGUGUCUAAGGCAAUGGUGUAAAUUGAAGCGAUUGGUGGGGCAAAGACGACGCGUGGCGGAUACGCCGAAUACGCAGGUGAUUUGUCAGCUUUGCCGUAAGGUUUGUGAUCGCGUCGUAGAAGUUCAAGCAACUUCGGGUGCAGAAAAUCAUAUGGAGCCGGCAACAAAUACGCCAGGUGGAGAGGACAUGACGGACUUUGUGACGCGAAGAGUGCGGCCAGAUUUCUUCUGCUCUGCCUGCAUGGCAAAGAAGAAAUGCCAAAUUGAACGGGAUCCGGCGUUUACCUAUGAUGAGGACCUCACAACUUCGGCGGCAGCGGUCGAUGAUACGGAUAGACGAGUCAUAUUCUUGAAUCGACCACAAGUACAGAAGUUUUGCAACAAUCACAUAUCAACUGCGAAAUAUAGUUUUAUAAGCUUUUUACCAUCGUUCCUUUUUGAACAAUUUAGACGUUAUUCGAAUUGUUUUUUCCUAUUAAUUGCAUUACUACAACAAAUUCCUGAUGUCUCGCCGACGGGUCGUUAUACAACAUUGGUACCAUUAAUAUUUAUUUUAUCGGUGAGCGGCAUUAAAGAGAUCGUCGAGGACAUAAAACGUCAUCGUGCCGAUAAUGAAAUCAAUCAUCGAAUGGUGGAAGUGUUACGCGAUGGCGCUUGGACAUCGGUACGAUGGCGGGAUAUCGGUGUGGGUGAUAUUGUAAAAAUACCAAAUAAUAUAUUCUUUCCCGCUGAUAUAAUGCUGCUGUCAUCGAGUGAGCCGCAAGCGAUGUGUUUUAUAGAAACUGCGAAUUUGGAUGGUGAAACAAAUUUGAAGAUACGCCAAGGUGUGCCGGCAACAGCGAAAUGUCUGGAAACCAAAGAUCUACUCCAGUUAGAUGGCACCGUCGAAUGUGAGCUGCCUAAUCGUCAUUUAUACGAAUUCAAUGGUGUACUCAAGGAGAAUAAUAAGCCCACCGUUGCGCUCGGUCCCGAUCAGAUAUUGCAACGCGGCGCCGUUUUACGCAACACCGCCUGGAUAUUUGGCGUCGUCAUCUAUACCGGACACGAUACGAAACUUAUGAAAAACUCUACCUCAGCACCGUUAAAACGUUCAACCGUUGAUACCGUAACGAAUACACAGAUAUUAAUGUUAUUCGUUAUUUUGGUUGUUUUGUCAUUGACCAGUGCGAUAUUAAACUUUUUCUGGACGCGCGACAAUGCGAAAAUGUUUUGGUAUUUGGGCAUAAACGAGGAUAUCAAAAGUAAAAACGCUGGCUAUAAUCUGCUGACAUUCUUUAUUCUUUACAACAAUCUCAUCCCGAUAUCCUUGCAAGUGACGCUGGAGUUAGUGCGUUUCCUACAGGCCAUCUUCAUCAAUUUCGACAUAAAUAUGUACUAUGCGGAAACGGAUACACCGGCUAUGGCGCGCACUUCAAACCUCAACGAAGAGCUGGGUAUGGUGAAGUAUAUAUUCUCCGAUAAGACUGGCACACUCACGCGUAAUGUUAUGGUUUUCAAGAAGUGUUCGGUAGCGCGUUAUAUGUACGAACCGGGCAACACGCCUGAAGAAUCGACUAUUGUACAGAAUCUACUCGGCAAUCACAAUACCGCUCCCGUUAUCAAGGAAUUCCUCACGCUACUCGCCGUUUGUCACACUGUCAUACCCGAAAAAUUCGACGAUGGCACCAUUAUCUAUCAUGCUGCCAGUCCCGAUGAGCGCGCCAUUAUCGAAGGUGCACGCAUGUUCGGCUAUAUCUUCGAAUCACGCACACCACACUAUGUUGAGAUAAAUGCGCUCGGCACCAUCGAACGCUACGAAAUACUCAAUGUGCUGGAAUUCACCUCGACGCGUAAACGUAUGUCGGCAAUAGUGCGCACGCCAACCGGUGAGAUCAAACUUUACUGCAAGGGUGCCGAUACGGUGAUCUAUGAGCGUCUCGCACCCGAUGGUCAGAUGUAUCGCGAUACUACGUUGCAUCAUCUGGAGGAAUUCGCUUCGGAGGGUCUACGCACGCUCUGCUGUGCCGUCUCGGUGAUACCCGAAGAUGUGUACAAUGAAUGGAAGGAAACGUAUCACAAAGCGUCGACGGCGUUGCAGUAUCGUGAACGCAAAGUAGAGGAUGCCUCGAAUUUGAUUGAGAACAAUUUGAUAUUAUUGGGUGCGACGGCGAUUGAGGAUAAACUGCAAGAGGGUGUGCCCGAGACGAUAGCCUCACUGUUGGAUGCAGGAAUUUAUAUAUGGGUGUUAACGGGCGAUAAGCAAGAGACAGCGAUAAAUAUUGGUUACUCAUGCAAACUCAUCUCGCACUCGAUGGACAUCAUUAUACUCAAUGAGGGAAGCUUGGAUGCCACCCGCGAUAUUAUCCACCGCCAUGUGGACGAGCUGAAGAGCUCCGACAUGAAGGAGUGCAAUGUAGCGCUUGUGAUCGAUGGCCAAACACUGAAGUAUGCAUUAAGCUGUGAUCUGAAGCAGGAAUUUCUAGAACUUUGCUUGGUGUGUCGGGUGGUGAUUUGUUGUCGCGUUUCGCCAAUGCAAAAGGCGGAGAUCGUUGAAUGCGUUACACACGCUACGGGUGCCGUUACACUCGCCAUCGGUGAUGGCGCCAACGACGUGGCUAUGAUACAAAAAUCCCAUGUUGGCGUUGGCAUUUCAGGUGUUGAAGGCUUACAGGCAGCUUGUGCCUCCGAUUAUUCCAUUGCACAAUUUCGCUAUUUGAAACGUUUGCUGUUGGUACACGGCGCUUGGAAUUAUAGUCGCAUCACAAAAUUAAUUCUAUACAGUUUCUAUAAGAAUGUGUGCUUGUAUGUGAUUGAGUUGUGGUUCGCCAUCUAUUCUGGUUGGUCGGGACAAAUUCUCUUCGAACGUUGGACUAUAGGUUUGUAUAAUGUUAUGUUUACCGCUUUGCCGCCCUUCGCUUUGGGUCUCUUCGAUAAGGUCUGUUCGGCGGAAACGAUGCUAAAAUAUCCUCAACUAUAUAAGCCAUCACAAGAUGCUAAACUCUUUAAUGUGAAAGUGUUCUGGGUGUGGAUACUCAAUGCGCUGUCACAUUCGGUGUGGCUGUUUUGGUUGCCGAUGUUGAUAAUGAGAGAAUCGGUAUGGUCUGAUGGCAAGACGAGUGACUACUUGGUGUUGGGCAAUAUAGUGUAUACGUAUGUCGUCGUAACAGUUUGUUUCAAAGCCGGUCUCAUCACCAACUCCUGGACAUGGAUGACGCAUGCCUCCAUUUGGGGUUCAAUCGUUAUGUGGUUCAUUUUCAUGGUGAUCUACAGUAAUUUCUGGCCCACCAUUAUGUUGGCACCAAUUUUCUUGGGCAUGGAUCGCAUGGUUUUCUCAACGUUCGUUUUCUGGCUGGGUCUUCUGCUCAUUCCCAUCACGACGCUGUUGCCCGAUGUGCUCUUCACAAUCGUACAUAAUACUGUAUUCAAGUCACUCACAGAGGCUGUACGUGAGUCGGAGAUACGUCGCUAUGAUCCAGAAAAUGUGAUACGAGAAUCGAAGACAUCCUUAUCAGUUACCGUAACCGCUUGGCGUCGCAUUACAUCCGUAGAAGCGUUUCGUCGACGUCCAAAUCAUACAACUCGCCAACAAAACCAACAACAACAACCUGCGGAAGUGUUACAGGAACAUAAUUACCAUAAAAAAGGCAACGCGGCCAAUCAAGUGGCAGGUAAACGCAGUUCAGUCAUCACUGUAGAGAAUUUAGAAACUGAUGAUGAGCAGCAAUGUAAAAGUGAUAAUACGGCAUCAGCUUCCACGACAAUGACAACAUUGCAUAUUUAGGGUGAGGAAAUUUGGGGACUAAAGGAGAAAAAAUAUUAAUAAAAGAAAGCAAAAAUUGAGACCAAAGGAUGUAAAGGAUGUAGAGGUUGCAAGUGGGAGACAAAAAGAAGAACAGAAAGACCAACAACAAAGUGUUGUGCAGAAGCAAACAAAAAAGAAAAAACACUUGUCAAAUAUAAAUAAGCGCAGCUGUUUUUAUAACUUUUGUGGUUGGUAGUUAGAGGAAUUGUUAGUAGUUACUAAAAUAUAGUCAGAGGGUAUAUAUAUACAUAUAGGUGGCCAAUAUAAAUGUUUUUAGUAAGAAUUUGUAAUAAGUGUGAUUGUUAAAUGUUUAUUGUUGUAUAUCAAAAGCUUUAUGGUUUAUAUUUUAUAUAAAAAAAAUUAAAUUUUAUAUAUCUAAAUAUGUAAAUUUUUUUGUAGCUAUACAGCUGUACUUAAUUUAAUUUUUUCUUUUGUGAUUAUUAUUAAAUUAUAUACUAAAGGCUAUAUUGGUGAAAAUAUGCCACAGACGCUCGUCCACCGGAGUGAACGACAGUACUUGCCGACAAAGUCUCUCUCCCACAACAAAUCCGAAACCGAGUUUGCGCUCCUUUACAUGGCAGCUGUAGUAGACGUCGCAAGGUCCUAUGGUUUUCUUGCCCUGCCCCGUCCAUAGCAAUGAUGUCAGCCUUUACUCUCACGAGGGCAUCAACCAGCCGGGCAGAGGCACCUUCCCCAUUAAGGGACCGCACAUUCCAGGUGCAUGCCCUCAAAACAUAGUGCUUAGUUCGUUCGCAGGGGUCGCCAUCAGUAAAGGUAGUUCUCAUCCGAGGCUUUGUAAAUCUUUUCAUUGGGGGGGGAUUUUUAAGUGGCGGGUCCCAAACCCAGCGCACAACCAGCUAUCCUGCAAUGCCUCGCCUUCUCACGUUAGCUUACUCCCGAACAGGUGUUCGGAAGCUACCCAGAGGAUACGUGGGUAAUACCGGACGUUGUGAGCUGCUUGUGCCAUAUGCAGAAGAAUCGUCCUGGCCACUCCCAAGUGAAUGGCGGUCAGUAACUUUCCCCACUUGCGUGGACUUCUACACAUUGAACCAUCCUCCUUUAGGCCCGUUUACCCAACUAAUGAAUGUGAGGGAUGUGAAAAAACCCUGCAAAAAAAAAACUACAUAGAUGUUUGGGACAAACAUUUUUUUUUUUUCGACAUAGUCAAGGAGACUUAUAAGCUUAGACUUAUACACUUUGUCUAACGCUGUUCUGUUUUGUUGAUCCCUUUAGAAUAAUACGAUUUGUCCUAAUCUGACAAGUAGCCAUUGUUUUCUAUAAUCGAAUCUUUUUUCCGCCCGCCAUUUCUUCAAAUUGAGGCGCAAGUAGUAGUUCGAGUCAUCUGUGAGUGCCAAGUUGGUAUAAUAAGAGAGAUGUGAAACGAGUUAAUACCUUAUUUCUAUUAAUUGAGCGACCAUAACCGUUGAGGCGAGAGCUGAUGCGUUGUCGUAUUGGAAAAGAAAAAUCACUUGACUUUCUUCAUUGAAACGCAUGCCAAAUAUAACUUGGUGUGUGUUCUUCCAAGAGAUGUUACUAUGUAACUAAACAUAACCUCGAUAUGUGCCAGUAGUGCAAUCUCUCUGACUUUGCGCGAACUUUUCAAAUGACCCUCGUAAGUAGCGUGUUGCCGUGGGUUAUCCAGCUCAGUAGCGCGAACAAUUCCACUUGGAACGCUGUUUGGUAGCUCUGAUGUAAGACUUCUGUUUUUUCAGUACGAAGAAACAUAAACUAUUUGUUACAUUCUUCCACAAGAAGUGUCGAAAAUGCGUUCGGGAUACGCCGAACCAGAUUCAGAUGAUUACUUCACUUAAAAAAAAUAGAGACUCGGAUUUUAACGAUUGAAUCUGAUUACAUGCGGAUGUAUUCUAUACAAUAUUUGCUGUUUGGAAGAUGACAGACUUGAAAAUUAAGCAUGAAUAGAAAAUGAAGGAACUACAAAUAAAUAUAAUAAAAAUUUUCAACUGAAAAUCCGGAGCUAAUCAAUUAAAAUAUUAUCAACUUUCCGUCAGAGCUUUCGCCUAAGAGCUAGCAUUAAAAUUUUUUGCAAAAAAACCUCCUUCAACAUGGAAUUUAGCUCUAAAAUAAAAGAUUUUUAAUACAUUCACUUGCCCGUGCUGCCGUUUAUAAAAGGAUGCGCUGCCAAACGAAUGGUA